CGUUGCGGCGGGAGGAGCGGAGCGGGCCGGCCCGGGCGCCAUGGCGGGCCCGGCGCUGCAGGCCUGGGGGCUCGGGGCGGCCCUGCGGAGCCGAGCUGCGCUGCGCCCGCUGGGGCUGCUGGUCCCGCCGUGCCGGGGGGUGGCGGGGCCGGGGCCGGGAGAGGAGGCGCUGGAGGAAAACCCCUUCUACGGGAAGUACCGGCACAAGAUCCAGGAGCUGCGGAGAUCCAGUCCAGAUGUGUUUGAAUCCCGUAUGGAAAAAAGGAAUGAAGUGAAAAAGCAGCCCGUGGGAUAUUCCAAGCAAGGAGAAUUUAUCAAAUGUAUGGAGGAAAAGGCCGAAGGCUUGGGCACAAAGACAUCAAAAGGAGCUUUCACAAAAGAUAAGACGCUUGAUUCGAUUCUCAAUGUUGAGAUGGUGAAAGAAAAAUCAGCAGAGGAGAUAAAACAGAUUUGGAGUCAGUAUUUUUCUGCGAAAGAUACAGUUUAUGCUGUUAUUCCUGCAGAGAAGUUUGAUUUAAUAUGGAAGAGAGCCCAGAAAUGUCCAUCGUUUCUAUAUGCUUUGCCAAGAAAAGAAGGCUACGAGUUCUUUGUGGGCCAGUGGUCAGGGACAGAAUUACAUUUCACUUCGCUAAUAAACAUUCAGAGCAAAGGUGAAAGUGCUCCCAGCAACUUGAUCUUGUACCAUUAUCCGGAGCUGCAGAAGGAAAAAGGGAUUGUACUAAUGACAGCAGAAAUGGACCCCAAGUUCUUGGUGGUCCAUGAAGCACAGUGCUUGGCGAACCAAGUGCAGCUUUUCUAUGCAACGGAUCGUUCCCAGACCUACGAGUUAGUGGAGACCUUCAACCACCGAUCUAGCGAAUUUAAAUACAUGUCAGUUAUUGCGGAGCUUGAACAAAGUGGCCUUGGAAGAGAACUGAGACCUGGUCAGGUUUCUGACAAGUCGUAGAGCCUGUUGUGCGGGUGAAGCGAGUCAGUGGCAGGCAGGGGGGUUCCUGCUGUCUCUUUGGGUUUGGUGUGGCUGCAGAAAGGAUCUGGGAGUGUGACAGACAAGCCUGGCACUGCUGCAAGAUGAGGACUUGGGCCCUAUGAACAACAGUAACUAAUUGCCAAAAUGGAGCCCGGUACUUCAGUGAAAUUUCAUCAGAACAAGCCGUUUUCCCAUCCUGUAAAUUGCCGCUGCAUGCUGUACUUUUGAAAUCUGAAAUAAAGUGACAGAAGGGGAGCUGUGUAAUGGACUAUAUUGUCAUCAGGAGACGGAUAACAAGCAAUGUUUCUUCUCAGUAAAUGCAUUUUAAAUGCCCUCUGCCAUUAUAAUUGCAUGGUCCAAUGCUUUUUAGUCUGUGUGGAAUUUACACAGGCUUGUCCAUCAAGAAAAGAUAAUAGGACCGAUGCUCUAAAACAGACUCUUCUUUGUUACUUGGUGUGUGGGGUUCCUUACACAGAUGUGUACUGUGGCCUGUGGUUUUCUUCAGGAUUAAAAAAUAGAGUGACUGGA